UCCUGGCAGCCGUCUCGCUUUCCCUCUCCUCCUCACGGCAGAGUCUGGGCAAACCUAUCCAUCCUCGGCCAGAACUUGCCGCCAGCACCAUGGUACCUGUGUCACCUAUCCAGCUCUUGCUGGUGCUCAGCCUAGCACCACAGCUGGUGUCUGGAAGUCCCAAGCAAUACUUUCUGAAGUAUAUCUUGGAACCUCCACCCUGCAGGACAGCGCCUGAAAACUGCAACACCUUCUGUACGCAGCAGGAGGAGUGCCCCAAACAUCUCCAGUGCUGUGCUGCCUACUGUGGGAUAGUGUGCGCGUCAAACCGGAUUCCAGAGCAGAGCAUAUGAAAAGUCUGCUGCUCAUGUCUCACAAGAGCCAAAUGAAGUCUCAGCGACCCGCGGCAUGAGAUUCAGCUGCUGAGUGUCGAGAGAAGAUUGAAAUGUCUUGUUCUUUGCUGUGUCCCUUGCCCUGAGUAAAUGCCCAGCUGCAUGGACUUCAUACAGAGCGAUAGCGGAAAUCUGGAGUCACUGAUGGCUCCAUUUCUGAACUUGGUGAUCGCAAACAAAUCAAUUAGCCUCUCUCUAGCUCUCCUUCUGUCUCUGUCUCUCUGUCUCUCUGUCUCUCUCUUUCUCUCUCUCUCUGAGUCAGUGUUCUCAUCAUUAAGACGAGACUGAUAAUGAGACUAAAAUAAAAACCACAGAUGAGCUGAA